AUGGUGAAAAAAACACACUCCGCAAGAGAGCACAGCUGCCUUAUAUAUUUCAUCAUCAAUAUCCUCCUCAUCAUCAUUAAUAUCAUCCUCAGCAAUAACAACAACAUCACCACCAAGAUCCUCCUCAUCAUCAUUAAUAUCAUCCUCAGCAAUAACAACAACAUCACCACCAAGAUCCUCCUCAUCAUCAUUAAUAUCAUCCUCAGCAAUAACAACAUCACCACCAAGAUCCUCCUCAUCAUCAUUAAUAUCAUCCUCAGCAGUAACAACAACAUCACCACCAAGAUCCUCCUCGUCAUCAUUAAUAUCAUCCUCAGCAAUAACAACAACAUCACCACCAAGAUCCUCCUCGCCAUCAUUAAUAUCAUCCUCAACAGUAGCAACAACAUCACCACCAAGAUCCUCCUCGCCAUCAUUAAUAUCAUCCUCAACAGUAGCAACAACAUCACCACCAAGAUCCUCCUCAUCAUCAUUAAUAUCAUCCUCAGCAAUAACAACAACAUCACCACCAAGAUCCUCCUCAUCAUCAUUAAUAUCAUCCUCAGCAAUAACAACAACAUCACCACCAAGAUCCUCCUCAUCAUCAUUAAUAUCAUCCUCAGCAAUAACAACAACAUCACCACCAAUAUCCUCCUCGUCAUCAUUAAUAUCAUCCUCAGCAAUAACAACAACAUCACCACCAAGAUCCUCCUCAUCAUCAUUAAUAUCAUCCUCAGCAAUAACAACAACAUCACCACCAAGAUCCUCCUCGUCAUCAUUAAUAUCAUCCUCAGCAAUAACAACAACAUCACCACCAAGAUCCUCCUCAUCAUCAUUAAUAUCAUCCUCAGCAAUAACAACAACAUCACCACCAAGAUCCUCCUCAUCAUCAUUAAUAUCAUCCUCAGCAAUAACAACAACAUCACCACCAAGAUCCUCCUCGUCAUCAUUAAUAUCAUCCUCAGCAGUAACAUCAUCAUCGCUCAACUUUUUUAA